CUAGUUUGAUUGUGACAAACGGUGAAUUAGUUAUUGAUUUGUACAGCUUUAAAUUGCAUUUUAAAGAUUUUAUCUAUUUCCUUCAAAUUUAAAACUGGAUUUUGUAUUCAAAACAAAGGUUGUAAAAGUAUGCUAGACAUUUAUAGAACUAAAUCAAUGUUUAUGUUUCUGUGACGAUGAAUUAGUUACUGAUUUUUACCAAUUUAAAUCGCUUUUGGCGAAUGUCUGUCGAAUGUGUGACUAUAAAACAAACUGUACCUUGGUUAGCUUCGCUGGAUGGAGGCACCCAUUGCGCUAUGGAUCAAAACUGCAACAUUAAGCAUUUUUUAUUUGAAGGAUUAUUUCUCGCUGAUGAAAGAUAAGGGCCAUAUGUUUCGAAAGCGAUGAUUACUGACGUUUCUAAACGUUAACCACAGCGUAGGGGAUUCGAGUUCACAUGAAGUCGUGGGCGAAGCUAUGGCUGUGAACUGUAUGCAGAAUGCCGCCUAGAGUUUGAGAAAGCUAAAGCACGGCUAGCUAUUUAGUUGUGUUUAACGUUAGUUGCGCUCUACUGUUAGCUGACGAGGCUUGUCAGUUAACGUUAACUAGCCCUUCAACCGGUCUUCCUGGCUUAUUGACCCUCAUUUUAGACAUCGAAUGAUGCCAUGUAUUGUAGCUAAUGUCGGUUAUCUUAACACAAAAUACAGAUUGGCGUUGCUUUUCCUAGCAGGUUAGAGUAUUUUAGCUAACCCUUUUCCUAACCUGCUGCCUAAAUUCACCCUUAAAGGCGCUCCAUGGACAAUCAGAUGUCUGCAUUGGCCGUGCAGCAUUUACGGUGAUAUAGCCUCAGCAGGAGUCAAAGCAUGCAUACUUAUUGCGCAGAGUUGUCAAGGAAGUGCGUUUGUUUAUACAGGACCUCCCGCAUUCACCUACCGUCAUCAAUCAUGUCAAUGUGUAGCUAUAUGGAGCCGUCCAUAUUGUUACAACAUUUGAGAGGCUCACGGCGAUGCGGUACUGAGCUCAUUUUCGUCUCUACUGUAACGUUACAUGCCUCUGUAGGAUCCGCUACUGAGUCACACCAUCCAUAUGGCACCGCCGACCACAUUUCGGAUCAAGCAUAAAUUGUCUCUUAAAUGCACUGCAUGUUCAAUCUGAGGUCUGCAUUGGCCUUGCAGCAUUUACAUGAUAUUGCCUCUGCAGAAGUCAGGGAGUGCAUUCAUACUUCGGCUUCGCAGAGCUAUAUGGGAGGUCCUGUAAAACAAACUCACGUCCUUGACAAUUUAUUUUACAUCAACUCCGCGAAGCGAAAGAAGUAUGAAUGCCCUGACUUCUGCAGAGGCCGUAUCAGCUGCACGGACAAUGCUGAUGGCAGAUUGACCAUGGAGCGCCUUUAACCUGCUAUGAAAAAGUUGCGUUUGGUUUUAGCUGUACUCACUCUAGUCAGAACCGUAUUUUUCUCCAGAAUUUGAGCAUCAAGAAGCGACGCAAUGAAAGCGCUUCGAGUGGCAGAAGGCAGUACUGAGCUAUACUCUGCAGUGCUGUCACACCGCAAUAUGAAGUCUGCCGAAAUCACCCGCUCUCCAUCAACAUUCCGGGCAGUCUUUGUGACAGGUAUGAUUACGGGGGCCUAAUAAGCAUGGGAACCCAACAUAGGAGGACGGAUGCCAGCUGAGCCCCUCAACUCACCAGACCAUCGCUAUUGUCAAUAUCCCAGAAUUCUCAGCUAGGCCCCUGAGAAGGCCUUCUUGCAAACCCUUGGAGCCAUGGAACACAAAAUACAACAGCGGGACAAAAACAGGCCCAGCUACUUUGGCAAUGUCAAGACCAGGUCAGGCCUGCGAUUAACUGAUUAUUGGCAAAAAAAUGAGGAAACGCACUGCUUAGAAUUGUGACACGUUUAGUUAAUCCCAGAAUGCGUCCUAUCCUUUUAUGGGUUGCUCUCCCUACGUGUUGUGUUGCUCUCCCUACAUGUUGCAAUGAAUGGAGCAUAGUAGCUCAAAGUAGAACUUCAACACCUUCUUUGAUAUAAUCACUCUUUUGAAUGUACUUCUCAUUUGAAUAAAGGAACACAGUCAUGGGCAUUGCGUGGACAAGAGGAGAGCAGGUGUUGCCAGAAACAGUAACAACCCAUUUCCCUAACUCCCACUAUCCUAUGAAUCACAAAUGUGAUUGCCAAUAUCGAGCAGUCUUUUUUUUAAUGUCAAGACAAAAUUAUAAAGAAUCAUAGCUGAUUGCCUCGGAUGGGUUAUCAACUAUUUUUACCCUUACAUGCUCAUAUACUGUAGAUGGGGUCAGAAGGCUUUAAUGACCAUAAUAAAUGGUGAACUAAUAAACAUCCCAGUAGUUUUCCCUACCACCAGUAUCCCUCUGUUCUUUCUCCCCUCCAGACUGGGGUCCAAGCUCCCUGUUGGGGACACCCAGUCCCCCAGGUUAAUUUCCGGACCCUUGGAGACAGGACCUCAGACCGGCCCAACCAAGGAGGCCAGGGCCAGCGGUCAGGGCCACCGUGCCGUGGGGCGUCCCCUUGACCACGUCCCCCACAUCCGGAACCCCCGACUGAGACAGUAUUACCUCCAAGAACCUAGAUGGGGAACGGAGGGAACCAUGGCCAAGUCCAUGGGCAGAGAUCAACAGUCAGAUGACAAGGUAGACACUAUGGCUCACCAUGAAGACACGGUGUUCAGUGUCAACUCCAAGUGCAGUAGCUUGGCAGAUCAGACUAAGCUGAACAGGCAGCUCUCCACCUCCAUCUCUUCUUCCCUCAUCUCCCGGCAGAACCUCCGCGUUCCCAAGAGUAAAGGCUCUGGCCAAGGCUCAUCUCCCGCAGUGAUGCACCUUGACCCCAACCUCAGGCUGGAGCCAGAGUUUGACACUAACCCAGGGCUUGGGCUUUUUCCGGCCCCAUCUGCCAGCCCUCACUCCCCGUCACCAGAUGCAGAGUAUGACAAACUACUGGAUGUGGAGGCGGUGCCAAUGCCUGACGGACAGCUCUGCCUACUGGCCCUCCCUCCCGAGUGCUCCCAAAGGGAAGGGCAAGCCGCCAUGCCAUAUCUCAAAUUGUUCUGCCGCUACAUCACUGACCGCAAGGGUGUGGUUUCUGGUAUCUUGCUAGUGACGUCCAAUAAGAUCUUCUUUGACCCGUGUAAGACCCACCCGUUGGUGAUGGAACACGGCUGUGAGGAGUACCUGCUGUCUUGCUCAGUGGACAGCCUGGACUCAGUCUCGUUCUACACGGACAUUUCCCACGUACACUUCAACACCUCCACACACAGGUGGAAAGGAACUAAAAAGACCCAGAAAACUGGCAAGACGCUCCAGCAGGGUGGGAGGCGAAGCAGCAGUAGCGCACAGCACAAGGGGGAGACUGUCCCAGUGCUGGUCUCUGCUGCUACGUCGGAGCUGAGGUCUGCCCUGGCUCUCAGCCUGGUCCAAGGGUUCGCUGAGGAGGAGAGUAGCAGUGACAUGACUAAGGCAGAGAAGCAGCUGGAGGGGAAGGGAAGCCCACUGGAAGAGCAGGUUGUGCAGUCAUCCGGGGCUGUGCUGAGCAGUGCUGCCACCUUCUGUUGUGGAGGACAAGAGGCAGCAGGGACGGGAAAUCUAGUGAGAAUGGAGCAGGUGGACAGAGAGGGGACGGAGAGGGAGCAGUCUGUGAGGAAUCGGACGUCAGGCCUCUCUAGACCUUCAGAAAAUUUUGGGUGUCUCAUGUUUGUCAGGCUGCGGCUCCAGGGGUCCGCUGGGAAGAAGGGUGUGGCUGCAGGCUUGCAGCUGGGGACAACAAAAACCUUACCCCGGAGGGAUGCCUGGUUCGCCUUUUCCCAGGAGAGCUCAGACGAGCUCUACGCCUAUCUGAGCCACUGGAGGCCUGACCUAUGCAUACUGGAGGGAGGGUCGGAGGAAGGGGAGGGCGACAAAGACGAGUUUGUACUGGUCGACAACGGGGAGGAGGAGGAGGAAGAAGUGUCCAAGAACCACGGACGGACUGGGGAGGACUGGGAGAUGGUGUCAGUGGAGGAGGGUGGUGGGAGACUACCUCUGGUCAUGGACAAAGAUCCAGAGGGACUGUGUGAGAUCGUGGAGCAGAGUCGCAUCUUGGACGCAAAGCUUGUCAGAGAGCUCUCAGCCGAGUUGCCUCCCAGGACAGUGGGCCACAUGUGGCAUCUGGCCUACAGCACGUCUCUUCACGGCUCCAGCCUCAAGUCCCUCUACCGGAAGCUGAACGGCAGCGACUCGCCUGUACUCAUGGUCAUCAAGGACUCGCUCAAUCAGGUGUUUGGGAGCUUUCUCUCUCACCCACUGAGGCCGAGCGAGACCUUCUAUGGCACAGGAGAGACAUUCCUCUUCAUGCUGCAUCCUCGAUUCAAGUGUUUCAGAUGGACAAGAGAGAACUCCUUCUUCAUAAAGGGAGACCUGGACUCUUUUGCUAUCGGAGGAGGAAGUGGUCACUUUGGCCUGUGGCUGGAUGAGACGCUGUACCUGGGCAGGAGUAGCCCCUGUUACACCUUCAACAACUGCUGCCUCUCGGAAAGAGACGACUUCCACGUCAUAGAGCUGGAGGUGUGGACGUUCUGGUGAAGGCCUGCCCUCUUCAACUUGCCUAGCAACACCCACUCACAAUGUCUGGCUGUCCAAUGACUGCUGUAACCAAGACUCUAGAACCCAUCUCUUCUAGAACAAUGAGUUGGAUGUACCUCACUAUUUUGAUUUAAUUCUGUGGUUUUGGGCUGCGAACUGAACUGUGAUUAUUCUGAACCCUAUCUCUGAAUGUGGACCAAACCAUUAGGUGGAGGGGUGUUGGUGGUUUGGGACUGGGGUUGUAGCCUCACUGCAUUGGAAGACUUGCCCUGUUGCAGCCCCCCCCCCCCCCCCCCCCACUCCUUUCGCAGCUUGGUAUGGUCCUCAUGUUCAACUGACUCUACAUUGUGGAUACUGUAGUUCAGUGGUGGAAUUCACAUCUUCUAGCAAUGGAUCUCCAUCUGUAAGCCUACCUGCAUGUGUAAGCCUGCAUUUCCACCCCAGCACAAUUGGCACUGUUAUUCUGGCACCAUCUUUUUGCUGCCUGUGAAUUGCUAACCUGAAGGUGGCUGUCUCUUUUGUAAAAUGGAGGAACUGAAAUUCGAAGAACUAGGGGCUCACUAUGCCCCUUUUUGCAUAUAGACCAAAUUAUAUGAACUGAUGUACAAAUUUAGUCAACGUGAACAAAAAAAGGACUUGAGGGACAUGGUCUAACCUAAAUAUCUUUAGAAAUGUUUGUUACCCACUCAAUCAAACAAUACCUGAAAGUUGCUGUCACUGAUCAGAAGUUAGAUCUAUGUUCCCACAAUAUAACAAGUAGACAAAAUCAACAAAAUGUGAAAAAUAGGGCUAAUGUUAUUAUAACAUGUCUUUAUCUGAUACUUUUUGAGAAACAUUGAUUUCACCCAGUGGUCAUUGCAAGCUUAUGGACUGAAAAUAACAAUCAAGACUCCUUUUAGCAAAGACCCAAUCUAUAAAAAAAAAUGUUUGCACAAACAAGGGUUAUUUCAAGGGGAUGACUACCUCUGCAAUGCUAACAUGUGCCUACAUUGCAGUGCUUAAAAGGAAAGAUUCAACCAUUUUGAAUGUUGUAUCGUAUUUGUGCAUCUCUGAGCGAUGUUCUAUCAAUUCCUAGGAUCCUUUCAUGUUUAUCUGAGCUAUUCGCUGUUCAAGCAGGCAAAAAUACAGCCUGCUUGAACAGCGACUAGCUCAGAUACACAUGCAAUGAACUUCGGAAUUGAUAGAGCAGUGAUGCACAUACGAUAUAACGUUCAAAAUGGGUGAAUCUUUCCUUUUAGAGGAUGGAGAAAUAACAUUUUGUUAAGAUAUGACCUGUUUCAAGUGUCAAUGUACACGUGGUAGAAUCCGCAAAGAAUAUCACUAAGUCCAUUUCGUCUUGCUCUUAACUGUUGAUUUUGUUAGAUAAUCUUUGGUGUAGUCACUUUAAAUUCUGAUCUCAUGGGCAAGGUGUUAAUUAACCUGUAGUUCCAUAACAUGAGAUCUACAUCAACAAUGUUUGGCUUCAUAGGAAAUAUCAAACAAAAUGCAAUUACAUUAAAAUUGUGCCAGCAUCCAACUUUUUGUGUUUCCAUGACAGCUGUUGGCGACCUCGGGAACAGAGCAGGGGUGUUGCCUGCAGAGGUUUUAGCAAUGGCAUCAGGCCUUGGCCAGCCAACUUUGGACUUUCGGGCAAGGCCGUCACAAACUGCUAAAACUCCAGAGGGAACGACUUGGCCUGCUCUGCCACUCCUUCAAUGACGAAGUAUUACAGAAAUCUAUGGUGCUUUACAUAUUGCAAAACAGUGCUUAUUAAGAAAAACAAUAAUUAGUACAAUGCAUUAUGGUGCAGUCUGCUUGUUUUGGUGUGAAAACGUUUUAAGCGAGUAAAACAAAUUAGCUCACUAUUACAACAAUUAAAUAUGAAUUAGUCAAUAGUAGCGAAGACCAAAGGGACGUUUAAAAGCUGGCUACUUUUCUGACUGAUGAGAAGUAUGUCUACUUGAACGUCUAGCUAUUGAGUUUAGUUAUACGCUUUAAACAUGUUUUUUUUUAUGUCUUCAGAAGGGCUCAACUGGUAUAGCUGCCAAUGUCAUUUGAAGAGGUUCUUGUAAUACUGAUCAUGUUGGAUGCUAAUGUUGCCAGCGCCGAAGGAAUCAGAUCCCUACACAGAAGUUAGACGUUUAGCGUUUUCUUUGAUCAUUAUCCUUCAGAGGAAUUACCCUAAUUUACAGACAAACACAAAAUUGACUGUUGCCACUGCCAGCCUUUACUGUGCUAGGUAUUCCUUGGCUUUCUCCAGCCCCUCUUUGAGAAAAUUGAUGUACGUCGCAGUGGAGGGGUCCUCGAACUCUCCCAGAGAAGCUAAAUGUGGCGUUUUCCUCAGGCUUCAUGGACGUCUCGUCCAGGAAGUAAUUAGCAUCGACGUGGUGGACGUAGAGUCAUUAGGAAAAAAUUAAGUCAUUUUCACACAACCUUAUUGGCGUUUUUUAUUUUACUUGGGUCUGGCACAGGCACCAAUUAAAUUCCCUUAAAGUGAUGGCUCAGUUUUAUUUAAAGUUUUAGCUUAUUUUCAACUUCCCUAGGCUAUUGUCGCUUCCUCCAAACCAGUUAAAUUUGUUAAGUAUCCAAAUCAAAGUGUAUUGGUCGCACAUACAGAUUUGCAUGCAGGGUUGGGUAGGUUACUUUCUAAUUGUAAACCGUUAGUCAAAUUUAAUCUGAUUACUUUGUUACUUUUAGUUUAAUUUCCCCUUGAGGCAUUAGACACAUUAUUUACAAAUUGAAUGACAUCUACUGCAGGAUAAAUCCAUGUUAGUUUACAUAGCUGGUCAUAAAUGAAU